AUGGAGAACGGUUUACAAAAAGAAUCGGGAGUUCAAGCCUUUUGGCUCGAUGCCAAAGCAAGAUUUGGCUUCAAAAGCACUAGAGAGCCUUUACCGAGAAAUGAUCCUUUCUAUGGCUGCAAUUCAACAGUCGAGGAAUUGAAAAAAGGAGAUUACUCACCUGGUGCGCUCUUACGCAAAAGAGGAAUUUACUUGACCGACUUUAUCGAUUUUGAUGCUGAUGAAAUGAUCGGAUGGCAAAUGGCAUACAUCACAAGAGGUCAAGAUGCAAAAGAUGAUGUAAUGGUAACAGUGGCAACUAUUGUUAUCCCUCCAAAUGCAGGUGCACGCGACAAGAUUGUCUUUCAAAUGCCAAAAACUGACAGUGCAAACUCCAAUUCUCGAACUUCUUACAUGUUAAGAAGAGGAAGUGGCUCGAUCGCUGGAGCUGCAUCUGAACAAAUCUUCAUGAUUGAUUUCCUCAAGCGUGGUUAUAUCGUUGUUGUUGUGGAUUAUGAAGGUCAAUUUGACGCUUUUGGCGCAGGUCCAACCGCAGGUCAUGGCGCUCUUGAUGCGAUGCGUGCAAUUUUAUCGUUCGAUGAAUUGAAAUUAGCACCCAAAGAUCAAUUGAAAUUUGUCGGUUGGGGUUAUUCAGGUGGUGCAAUUGCGAUCAGUUGGGCAGCACAAAUGCUAGAAUCUUAUGCUUCUGACUUGCAACCUUAUAUCAAAGGUUGGUCUUGUGGCGGUGUUCCAAAAGAUUUGAAGCAAGUGGCCUACCAUGUCAACAAUGGAUUAGCAGCUGGCUUAAUCAUCGGUGUAAUGCAAGGAUUAGCCAACAUUAACAAAACUUUGAAUGAUUGGCUACAAGCAAAUACGAACGAAUAUGGGAAAAAGGCCCUUGAGGUUGCAAAGACUGAGUCUUUUUGGGAUUUUAUGCCCCAAAAUGCAUUCAAGGACAUUUUGAACAUGGUUCCUGGUGGAACGGGAAAAGAUGCAGGGUACUUUACCGUUGAAGGUGAUGCUUUAUCCCCUCCACCUCCGAAAGAGGCAUUGGAAUUUAAUCAAUUAGCACUCGAAUUCACAAAGACAAAGGACAAAAAACUUAUUCCGAAAGUGCCAAUCUUUCUUUAUGAAAGGAUUCCUGAUGAAGUUGUUCCGAUUGCUAUUAUAGAUGAUUUGGUGGACUUAUGGUCAUCAAAUGGAGCAAUUAUUCAAUAUACUCGUGUUAAAGUUUGGAUGCACGUUGGUGCAAUUUUUGCAAUGCAAUCGCAAAAUGUUGCAUGGAUUGCCGAUCGUAUGGAUGGAAAACCGAUUGAAGCAAAGGAUGCUUAUAAGAAAGACUUGGAUACCAAUAUUGAUGAUAAGGAAAGCGAAGCCGUUUUGGGCAAAGAACGAUGCGGCAGUCUGGCUAAAUUCUACAAUACGAUAUAUGGUAAGCCUAAGAGGGUUUGGUGGUAA